AUGCGCUUGGCACAGCAUAUAAUUGACGAUUUUGGCAGCUUGUCAGACCAGAAUCCUAAGUAUAUCUUCCCUUUUUUUGAAUUACUUGACCGGCGCGACUAUCAUUGCCCUUGGUUUGGCGGCAAGAUCACUUCGCUAACACUGCAGCAAGACAUGAGUUUCUGGCAAAAUGACUCAAACUGCCUGGAAAGUAAACCACAUCGCCGACACAAUACUAAGUUCCAGAGAAAACCAUGCAACCCGAUGCGAAUGAAGUAG